UGACUCCAGGCGGAAGAAUCAGCGUCGUCGUGCUGGCGGCGGCGAACGUCUUGCUGAUUCCUCCGCCUUAAUUGCUUAUCGGGCCUCAUUCUCUCUCCCUCUACUCUUCCCCCCCCCCCGCGCUCCUUUUCUGAUUUCUCCACGCGGCGGCGGGCUGAAGGAGGAAGAGGAGGGAGCAGGAAGGAAGCAAGCGGCUGGCUGGCUGGCUGAGGCCUCUCCUCCCCCUCGGGCCUUAGUGCUUUGAUGCGGACUUGCUACCUGCUGCAACAAUUAACGAGGCUUUGCCACACGGCAGGGGCAAGCGGUUCGUUUACUGACGGACUCGGGGAGGCGCGCCUGGAAGCCACGCCCUCCUGACCUUGGGGUGGGGGUGACGAGGCCUCUCCUGCCUCUCUUUGCAGAAAAAGCGGCCUUCACAGGAAGUUGGGCUUAGGCUAGAUACGUUUUAACUCGGUGGGGCUUCUGAGUUAACUUGCAUAGGAUUGGGCUGCAAGUCGGUGUGACGCCCUCAGUCCAUCAAGAUGGACUCCCUGCAGUGCACACCAUGUUGGUGCUGCUCUUCAUCAUGCCCCGUUUGAACAUAUACAAUCCAGUCAGCAACAAUAGCUGCAAAUGCAAUGGAAGACGGCAGCAGUGGAGAGGUGGUAGAUAUUCUCCAGCUUAAUGUUGGCGGUUGUAUUUAUACUGCUAGGCGUGAAUCUUUAUGCCGUUUUAAGGACUCCAUGCUAGCAUCUAUGUUCAGUGGACGGUUUCCUCUAAAAAUGGAUGACUCGGGGGCGUGCCUUAUUGAUCGAAAUGGCAAGCUGUUUAAAUACCUCUUAGAUUAUCUUCAUGGAGAAGUUCGGCUUCCAGAAGAUGAACAGACACGAGUUGCGUUGCAGGAAGAAGCGGAUUACUUUGGCAUUCCUUACCCUUAUAAUCUUGCUGACCACCUGGCCAAUGAAAUGGAGAUGUAUUCUUUAAAAUCAAAUAUAGAGCUUAAAAAGGCACUCGUAGGUUUUUGUGACUCUUAUGGCUUAAUAUGCACAAAGCCUACAGUUUGGGUCCUACAUUACCUCAACACUUCUGGAGCGAGCUGCGAGAGUAGAAUAAUUGGUGUUUAUGCCACAAAAGCAGAUGGAACAGCUGCCAUUGAAAAGGAACUGGGAGGAAGAAUCCAUAGUAAAAGUAUUUACAAGAGAGAGGCUGGAAAUAAUGUCCAAUACAUCUGGAGCUAUUAUUCUGUGACUGAAUUGAAAGAGAUGAUGGAUGCAUUUGAGGCAUGGGAAGGAAGAGGUGUUAGUUACUGGCGAGUACCACAAGAACUGAUAGAAUGCUGGACUCUUGAGGAGCGCCCUUUGAAAGGAAGUCUGCAAAACAUGACUCCAGUUCGUAAGCGGCGGCUAACAGACCUUGCUGAAGAUGAAGAAAGUGGUCUAAGCAGUAGAACAGGUCGAAAGCCAAUUCAGUUUUCUGGUCCCUCAACAAGUACCCACAUCAAAGUGAAGAACUCUGCUUCACUGAAGGUUGCAACACGCCAUACGUCUUCACAUUCCCAGGUGACUCUUAAGCGACCUAGCAGAGUCAGUUUGCUACCAUACAAAAUAGUAACAAAAACUCUACCUGCAGAAUCCAUACCAUUGAUGAAAAACUCUCGAGCAUCUGUUAAGCAUUCUGAAAAUGGGGCAAUCUGCCAGUUGACCUUGAAGACCCCUUUGUCCAAGAAGUCCACAACUAGUCGUGUGGUAAAACUCAAGCGGACUCCACUCCGUCAUGAACUGUCACCUCAACAUGCUUCAUCAGUAUUAAGCAAGACAGUUGAGCAGCAAGCUCCAUCUGUUGCAGUUACCUCCACUUCUGCAUCGCCAAACCAGGAAGAGUUUGGGCUCUCAGUGGGAAGUGUUGAUGUUAAAAACCAUUUACAGAAUGUCCAGCUUAAUGAUGAUGCAUGAUACUACUGUAGCUGUCAGUCAUGAGGGGCUAAAAUCAAAACUCCUGAUCUUUUGUGAAGACAAAUGUCAGGUUGCAGAGAAAAAUGGGAAGUAUUUUACAAUUUUUAAGAAUAUAUAGCAAAUAUUUAUGCCUAUUCCUCUCUGUGGCAUGCAAGAAGUACGUACAUGGAUAUUUAUUUUAUAAAUUGCUGUGCUUCACAUUGGUUACUUAUUUGAUUAUAUAAAUAAGACUUGUGAUGUUAAAGUCAUUUUAGAAUGAAAUAUGUGCUGGGCUAUGUG